CUAGUCAGUUUUUAAGAGCUGUGAUGGCCAGUCACCAAGCAGACGUUCAGAGUUUGAAGCUAGAUAAUGAUUCAGUUAUAGAAGGAAUAAGUGACCAGGUACUGGUGGCAGUUGUGCUCAGUUUCACUUUCAUUGCUGCUCUGGUAUAUACCCUUUUAAGAAAUGAACAUCAGAACAUACACCCAGAAAAUCAAGAGCUAGUGCGAGCUCUUCGUCAGCAGCUUCAAACUGAGCAGGAUGCUUCUGUUGGUGAUAGACAUCGCUUCUAUACAGAUAUGUCCUGUCCAGUCUGUUUGCAACAGGCUACGUUUCCUAUAGAAACAAACUGUGGACAUCUCUUCUGUGGUUCCUGCAUUAUUGCCUACUGGAGGUAUGGCUCAUGGCUCGGUGCCAUCCGUUGUCCAAUCUGCAGACAAACGGUAACAUUGUUUUUACCACUUUUUGGUGAAGAUCAGCGGGAUGCAACCCAAGUACUUCAAGAUGUUAAUGAUUACAACAGGAGAUUCUCAGGACAGCCCAGAUCUAUUAUGGAAAGAAUUAUGGAUCUGCCCACUUUAUUACGGCAUGCUUUCAGGGAGAUGUUUUCUGUUGGGGGCCUCUUCUGGAUGUUUCGCAUCAGAAUAUUCCUCUGCUUACUUGGAGCCUUGCUCUACCUGGCUUCACCUCUAGAUUUUCUUCCUGAAGCCCUCUUUGGAAUUCUGGGGUUUUUGGAUGAUUUCUUUGUCAUUUUUCUCCUGUUGAUAUAUAUCUCUAUCAUGUACCGAGAAGUGGUAACGCAGCGGCUGAACAGAUGAACUGGAUGAAAAUUACUUAAAUGCAGAGGUAGUUGUGGAAUGUAUUACACAGAGAACUACAACAUGAGUACGAUAUA